GGCAGGCGCUCUGAGACCUGCAGUCCAGACCGCGGCCCCGUGGCGACACUGACAACCGCUGCGUGUAGCGGCUGGGACUCGGCUUCUUCCACCAAGCUGCUGCGCCACCGGGACAGCGUCAACCCCAUGGCGCGGUUCCUGAGACUCUGCACCUGGCUACUGGCGCUCGGCCCCGGGCUCCUGGCGACCGUGCAGGCGGAAUGCAGCCAGGAUUGCGCGACGUGCAGUUACCGCCUGGCGCGCCCGACCGACCUCAACCCGCUGGCUUGCACACUGGAGUGUGAAGGGAAAUUGCCUUCUCUCAAAACCUGGGACGCCUGCAAGGAGCUGCUGCAGCUGUCCAAACUGGAGCUUCCUCAGGAAGGCACGGGCUCUCUCAGGGACAGCGGCAGGCAGGAGGAGGGCCACUUGCUGGCCAAGAAGUACGGGGGCUUCAUGAAAAGGUAUGGAGGUUUCAUGAAGAAAAUGGACGAGCUUUAUCCUCUGGAGCCAGAAGAAGAGGCCAACGGGGGUGAACUCCUUGCCAAGAGAUACGGGGGCUUCAUGAAGAAGGACGCAGGGGAGGACGACACUCUGGGCAAUUCCUCCGAUGCCCUGAAAGAGCUGCUGGGAACUGGGGACAACAGGGAGAGCGGCCACCACCAAGAGGGCAGUGAUGUUGAAGAAGUGAGCAAGAGAUAUGGGGGCUUCAUGAGAGGCUUAAAGAGGAGCCCCCAACUGGAAGACGAAGCCAAAGAGCUGCAGAAGCGAUACGGCGGCUUCAUGAGAAGAGUGGGUCGCCCAGAAUGGUGGAUGGAUUACCAGAAAAGGUACGGGGGCUUCCUGAAGCGCUUCGCCGAUUCUCUGCCCUCCAGUGAAGAAGGUGAAAGUUACUCAAAAGAAGUUCCUGAAAUGGAGAAAAGAUACGGAGGAUUUAUGAGGUUUUAAUACCCUUCCCCAUCAGUGACCCCAGGCCCUACCUAGCAAGCCUUUCUCUGUCCCCCAGUGAGAGACUGCCUUGCCAACCGUGUUUUAUUGCCAUGUGUAGCUUGCAUUGUAUAGUUGACUUUAUUGUCUGAAUAACUAACUAUACAACCUGAAAGCUCUCAUUUCAGGUUCUGUGAUCUUUUGAGAGUCUGUGAGCUCAGUAUUGGUCUCUUGCAGCUGUCUUGUUUUCAUGCUAAAAGAGUUUUUGUCUCCUUGUCCUUUAUUUUUGGCAAAACACCAAUAAAUGCUUACUUGUUUAUGGAUAUAAUAAACCCAUUACCCCA